UCUCUCUCUCUCUCGCUCCCUCUCGCACCCAUCUCCCUGCUGGGCUCCUCCUGGGCACACAUGACCUCCGAGUCCCCGACACCUCCGUUGGUUGGAUCGCUGCCACUGGAUGCCAACUCGACCAGCCCGACGCAGCCACCGAAGCCCCUCCCUGCCGGUGGGUCCCCCCAGCCGGAGGCUGAGUCUCCCGAGAAGGGUGCUCAGCAUGUUGACUCCAGUGCCGGGCCUCCUUCCGCACACUCUCCCGACUCCGAGGAUCUCGAUGUCCCGGCAGAUCCCGAGGUAUCGAGCGACUCCGAGGGCCAGGACGAUGUCAUCGCCGGAGGCUGGACGGAUGUUCUUUCCAGCGGGGAGCUCCUCUUCCGGUCGGUGGCCAUGCUGCGGACUCCGUCCACCGAGGAGAUCGAGGAGCUGGCCGAUAUGGAUUUGAUCGACGAGGACCACCGCCCCCGACCCGGGACCCUGGUGACUGUGGCCUUGCGCCUGAGAUUGCUAGAUCCGGCCAGUGCCCCGGGCCCCGGGGUCGCCAUGUUGGAGUAUCAUCCGGAGGGCCUCCCAGAGCAACUGGCCUCGGCUGGCGUCUUCCCCGGGGCUCCAUUGCCAGAGGCCCUCUUCCAAGAGGGCGGCCCCCUUGCGGCAAUGGCCCAGUUGCCCGGUUACGGCGGCCCAACGGCCCCGGGCGGGUGGAGCGUGCGCCAGCUCCUGGCCGGCGAGUCUGAAGCCGUGUCCGCCAUCGACAUGUGUAUUGGCAUGCAGGCCAUCGGCGAGUAUGCCAUCGUUCGGGCGAGCCCGCGUUUCCUCUUCCAGGACAGCCUGCCCGAGGGCCAUCCGGUUUACACGCACCCGAUGGAGAUUGACAUCUUCCUGGCCGGCGCCCAGCAGGCCGGCAUGCUGUCGCCCGAUGCGGCCUUCACCCUGGAGUAUUACCUGGAGGUUUUCCUUGCAAGCCGCGCCCUGGCCGUCGGGCAGUUCUGGAUGGAUCUAGGCUUCUUGUCAAUGGCACAGCGUGCCUUCACCAAGAUCAAGGGGCUGCUGAAGUCAGUUGGCCCGGAUGACGAGUGGCCUGACAACCAGGAAGAGUGGAUCCACCUGCUGGGUGUAUGCCAUCGGCCUUUGCCGAGCCUGAAGGAGCAUCUUCGCCUUCUCCGGGGCCUGGAGAGCCUGGGGCUGGCCCUGUCUCUGGCUGGGCAACUCCCAGUCCCGGACCGGGCCACAUGUGAUCGAGCUGCCCAGGCCCUGGAGGCUUUGCCCACCCUGCGGUCUGUCUGUCUUGCGCAUGGGAAGAUCCUCCUGGCCGCUGGCCGGCCGGAUGCGGUGCUAUCCGCUCGGCGCCGGUCCGCCACCAUCACCGGCCCCUCUCCGGAUGAAGCCCUUCAUGCGGCGGUUCGCACGCACUUUCCCCUGCCGGCCCUGGCUCCGGUAACCGACGAUGACUUGGGCAGCCUAUAUGCCCGUGCCGAAAAGCAGGCCCGUGCCGCCCGCCGGCGCGAAAAGGACCUAUAUCGUGGCAUGCUUCAGGGCUUGUCAUAUGAUGAGACCCCCCGGAAGAAGCCUGGGCAGGUUGCAAGCGCCGAGGGGUCCACCGCCAAGGAGUCCACCGCCAAGGAGUCCACCGCCAAGGAGUCCACCGCCAAGGAGUCCACCGCCAAGGAGUCCACCGCCGGGAGGCCCGCCACUGAAAAGCUCACUACCGAGAGCCCCCCCUCGGGAAAGCAUGCAUCCCAGUCGUCCACAACAGAGGCCCCCAGCAUGGAGGAGAUGCCCGUUGUUGGCACCGAAGGCAAGGCUACCACCAAGCAGCCCACGGCUGCCACCUCUGACAGCGAUGCAUGCUCCUCCGAAGGCCCAUCCACCACGGGAGCCGAAUCCUCCUCCACCCUCAUGGACUCCCGGAAGGCGGCCGAGCCGCAGCACUUCUGGCGGACUCUGUCAAUCAGCCUCCUUGUGGUGGCGGUCCUGAUUGCACUGAGCACCCGAGGCUCGGGGUGAAAAGUGGAAGACGGCCAGUUUGCCCUUUGGUUUGCCCGGCUUCGGCCCCGGUGACCCCCCUUCUCGUUCCCCCCCUGUGUAAUAGACCCAUCUCACCC